CAGUUAUUUUGUAAAAUUGUUGUGCCUAGAUUAUUAAAAUGUUUCUAAAAUUAAAUAGUUCAUAUUAUCCACAAAUUUUUGCAUCUAUUUUUGGAGCCUUGGCAACAUUUACAACCGGACAAUUUAUUGGAUGGGUAUCACCAUCGAUUCCAGAAUUAGAAAGUGACAGAUCAGUAAUACCAGGUGGUAUUAGUAGCUAUGAAUCAUCAUGGAUUUUAAUUGUUGGUUUUAUUGGUAAUAUUUUAGCUACGAUAUUAGUUGCAUUUGUUUCUGAUAUAUUUGGACGUAAACGUAUGAUUUUAUUUAGUACGUUACCAGUAUUUUUGUCAUGGAUUCUAAUUUAUAUGGCUAAUAGACUUGAAAUAUUAUAUGGAGCACGAUUUAUUGGCGGUUUUGGUGAAACAAUUGGAAAAGCAACAAUGUUUAUGUAUAUUGGUGAAAUUGCUGAAGCUGAAAUACGUGGUGCAUUAGGAACAAUUCUAGUUAUAACAUUAAAUCUAGGCAUAUUAUUUGAAUAUGCAUUAGGACCAUUUUUAUCAUUUCCUAAUUUAGCAUUAAUAUCAUCCACAAUACCAAUACUUUUAUUUGGGACAUUUAUAUUUAUGCCAGAAUCACCAUAUUAUCACAUGAUGAAUGGUGACGAUACAAACGCUGAAAAAUCACUCCAAUAUUUACGUUCCAAAAAAGAAGUUACAGAAGAAUUAAUUGAAAUUAAAAGUGUUGUUGAAAGCAAAUUAUGUAAGAUGGACGCACUAAAAUUAUUACUAACAGUGAAGAAAAAUCGUGAUACAUUAUUACUAAUGUGCGCCAUAUUUGCAACUCAAGAACUCAGUGGAAUAACACCAAAUGUUAUGUAUGCCGAAAAAAUUUUACAAGAAACUCAUUUCAGUUUUAUACGAACCGAUUUAGUACCGAUUAUAUUACCAUUAGUGAAAAUUGUUGCAACAUUAUUGACAACGGUGUUAGUUGAUAAAGUUGGACGGCGUCCAUUAUUCAUUCUAUCCGCAAUCACAUGUGGAUUUGCAUUGACGUUAGUCAGUGGUUAUUUUUAUUUAUUGGAAGUGGAAAAAAUUGAUUUAAGUAACUAUGGUUGGGUACCAGUUGUUACCAUCACUAGUUAUAAUUUUUUGUUUAUUCUUGGUUUUGGAUGUUUACCUUUUAUUUUGAUUGGCGAAUUAUUUCAAACGAAUGUUAAAGCUAUUGCUGUUUCGAUUACAGCAUUGUUUGUACCAAUAUGUUCAGCAAUUGUAACUAAAGUAUUUCAAACAUUGUUUGAUGAUUAUGGACGCUAUGCUGCCUUUGGUUAUUUAGCAAUAUCUUGCUAUCUAUGUUUUGUGUUUAUUACAAUAUUUUUACCAGAAACUAAAAAUAAAUCACUAGCACAACUUGUGCAAGACAAACUGUAAACGUGAAUUUAUUCUCGCUUUAACACCCGGGGCUGAAAUAUCUUUUCAUUUAAAGCACUGAUCUCUUAACUGAAUAAAGGAUCCAUUGUAUUGAAAUUCAGAAUUUCUGAACUUUUAAUAUAUACUAGCGCCACCAAUGAGUGGCUAGAGCUAAAAAAUAAAAGCGUUGAAUGGUGUUAUUUAGUUCCCAACCACUCAUUCUGAGGCGCUGGGAUGCUUCAAUACAAAAUACUUUAUUUUAUUUUACACCAUAUAGAUUCUAUAUCACCUUAAUAUAGACAUCAGUGAUUUAAAGGGAAACUUCUGAAAUCCUACUCCUUCCCAAAUGAAUGAUUAUCGGCUCGAAUUUAUUAUUUUAAGAAUAAGAAACAAAAUUACUUGAUUCAGUUCA